CCAAGGGCCACACAAUAUGAACUCAUUGCUCAAUUUCCCUGGACAUACCCACACCAUACCAAUAUAUCAAUCCACACAUCAUGGUUGCCUCGUCCGCCAAAGUAUUUACCCUCGAACAAGUCGCCGCACACAACAAAGAGUCUGACUGCUGGAUCGUCAUCGGACGGCCAGGCGCCAAGAAGGUUUACGACUUCACGCCGUUCGUCAACGACCACCCUGGCGGCCCAGAGCUCGUGCUCACACAAGCUGGCACGGACGUGAACGAGCUGUUCGAAGACAUUGGGCACACCACGGACGCGCUAGCGUUGAUGGACAAGAUGUGCAUCGGCACCCUAUACGAAGCGCCAGUUGACCCGACCAAAGCCGCUAAUGCCAACAUCGCAGGUGCCCCGUCCGACAACUACUUUAUCUACGUGUGUGUCGUGGUGGUCGCCGCGGCCGCGUACCUUCAGUAUUAAGUGAGCAUUUCACUGGUAGCAUAAUAAGUUUAUAUAACUGUAAGUCCAUUUUCCGACCCAA